CUGAAUGGGUCUUGGGUGGAGGCCAACCAAGCUUGACCGACCAGUGGCAUCGCCGUUGCACGAUGACUCUCUUCUGCUUCAAGACUGACCAUGGAAUUGGAUUUAAUUACUUUGGCGAUUUGGGGAGGACUGGAGGGGCAGCACCAGUUACAAGAAUGAGAUGUAAACGAUAUGGAGAGAGAUUCUGCUCGAAAGAAGAAAAAAACAUACCAACCCAAGAAAAGAAAAGAUGACAAAGUGGAUCAGCAUCGACACGACACUAUCUGCAAGUGCAAGCAAGGAACCAUGAAUGCUUUGGCAAAAGGAAAGCAGCGAGAUGCCAAAUUAAAGCCCGGGUACCUACUGCAUUCGGGUCCAGACCUCAACCACAUAUGACAAAGUGAAACUUUCUUCUGUUUCGAGCAAGAUGGUCGAGUGAUCGUAUAUCUUUGAGUGGACUGGAUUUCUUGGAGAUAACUGUUAUUUUCUCUCCAAGUGUUCUUCGCUCCUCCUCGGCUCGAUGUGGCCUUGACUGCUCUAGAGGUGCUGAGCAAGAUGAUUGGGUGAUAUAUCUUCAGCUCUAGGAUUGGAUUUCACCGAAAUAACUUCUCCGUUGUUGCCAAGUCUUAAUUAGUUUGCUCCUCCUCAACUUGGUCUGCAGCCUCGUGGCUCUAGAGUAGGGAGUGAAGAAAUCGGCUGCUGAUGGGCUAGAUAGUCUAUCAUGGCUUUCUUCUGCUGGUAUUAGUUUUCUGUCGAGAACUUCAACAUGUCCAAACAGGAAACCCACCGCUGGCUGUCUGCAGAGGAUUUUGAUGACGCCAUCAAACAACUGGUUGAUCUUUUGCGUGGAAGUGAUGGUACUAUAGAAGACAAAACUCAAGCGUUCAUCCUUAGUGGCUGGGGACAUAGUCAUCUAGGAGCAUCUGUUGUUUUCAGAGCUGCAGCCAAACUCCUAAAAUGUGAUGACUCCGACAUGCAAAAGUAUUUUGGAAAAAUUUUCCACGUAGAUUGCUCCCAGUGCAAAAACAGAAGAACAAUACAGAAGGCAAUUGCACGGGAGUUGAACCUUCACCAUGUAAUGCACAUCUUUGAUAAGACGGAUGAAGAAGAUGAUUUCAGAGGGGUAGACGAUAGCUCUAGAGAAGAGAUAUCAAGUAUUGGAAGUUUGAUUAAUCGAUUUCUAAGAAAUGAAAGAUUUUUGAUGAUUCUUCAGUAUGGAGGAGUUGAAAAUAUGGAUCUGGUGGAGUGUGGCAUUCCUGCUUUUGGUAAAGGUAAAUUGUUGUGCUCCAGUGAUGGAAGAUUUCAGGUCAUAAGGGAAGAAAUGAUGUUGAUACCAAGUUUUGCUAAUAUUGUUGUUUAUAUGGACUUUUCGGUGUCUGCCUCUAUACAUCUGCGUGAUGUAUUGCACGAAGAAGCUGUGGGAGUGAUUGAUGACAUCGGCAUGGAGGGCAUGAACCCAACAAUAGUUUUGGAUUGCUUCUUCUACUCAUUAUACGUGAUAAUACAACUAUAUGAUGGUGUUAACAUUGAUUGGGCUACUCAUGCUUGCAACUACUGGAUAUGUGAUGGAAUCCUUGGAGAGGACAAAGCUUGGGAGAUUUGUAAUGCAUUGUAUAGAGUGAUGCCACCGUUGGGAUAUAUUUCAUCAAGAAUAAGACUUCUGUUUCUUAUAGUAGACAUACAAGAUAUAGAACAAUGGGGAAGGAUGGAAAAAAAAGUUUGUUGGUGGUACCCAGUCACCUCCAACAAAAUAGGAGCACAAGAUAUUUGUAAUGUUCCUGAUUGUGCAUCAUCGUAUUUCCUAACAUUUCAGGGAGAUGUUCCAUUAUAUGUACCUAAUGAUUUGUUUCAACAAGCCAAGAACCUCCGUGUGCUAAAGGUCUGCAACUGCAGCUUCAAUUUUGCAUCCCCUCCUUUCCAGUGCUGCCACAACCUACGAUUCCUUUGGCUUGAACAUUGUACAAACACAGAGAAAGAGCAAAGUGGAGUGCCGUUUUUUCCGAACCUGCUUGUGCUUGACUUACGUUUCACAGAUUAUGUUUUGUUGGCUCAGAUGGUUGAACUAAUGACCAAUCUCCGGGAGCUAAAUACAAAGGGAAUCUCAUGGAAGACUAUGAGUCAUGGUUGGAAAAACCUAAAGAAGCUUCACAAGCUCCGAGUAACCGAAUCUUCAGAUGUGGUCACGGUAGACUGUUGUUCUUCCGUGGAUAUGAUGAGUUUGGAACUCAUUGAUUUGUCUGGCAACACUCACAUGAAGUCAUUGCCCACAUUAUCAUCCGCAAGAAGCCUAAAGAUGCUUAUUCUUGAUGGCUGUUCUAGCUUGGAGAAUGUUGUACUGGGAAGAUCUCAUCCAUUGCUCGAAAAUUUUAGCUUCGAUGGUUAUGGCCAAGCAGAGAAUUGGACACAUUCCAUAAAUUUGCCACAGCAGGAAGUGCGCCUCACGUCUCCUAUUGUUCCAGUUGAAAUAGUCAAGGUGACCAAGAUCUCCUUAGAUGGUUGCAUUCAAUUGCAUAACAUAUUCUUGCGUGCAUUGCCCAAUCUGGAGGAACUAGACCUCUCUGGUACAGCCAUUAAAAUACUUGACGUCGAUGCAAUGCAAGUCCCUAAACUCAAGAAGCUAUUCCUGCUAGGUUGCAAGCAUCUCCAUAGCCUAAUCUUGGGUGAAGAACCUAGGUUGGAAGUGCUACAUGUAGACAUGCAGGGGAAGAAAAGAUCAAUGGUAUGUUGUGGAGGACAGGGAUCCUUUGGUUUUCAUGCAUUUGUUGCUUUUACAGAUGGAAGGUUCAUUGGUUCGUGUAGUACGGGAUUAUAUUUCAGAACAACUUCUUGUAUCUCCAAGGUAUACCUCCUUAUCUCUUGUACGAGCCAUAGCCAAACCAAGAUCACCAAAAGUAUCAAGGAGAUUGGCUCUAGCCAGGAGGGUUUGGUUCCAACAAGUCCACUAUUACCUUAUAAUAAUAUUUCCCUUACUGAAGAUGUAACAUGCUCGUCCUUGGUGUUGAACCGCCGACAGUAUCUAACAUUGGAUGUGCAUAUCGAGAUUGGUGAAGGAAGCUAUAAUUUGGAGCGUAUGCAGGACAAUGCAUAUUUCGAAGAUUUUGUGGCAGACGUUCAAUCAUUGCAUGUCCAUGACAAUUCCUCCAUCAUAGCUAUCCCUCCAACGGCAGUACAAUGGACCAACCUAGAAUGGUGUCAUGUCGACAACUGCCCCAAUCUAUACACUAUGUUUUCUUUUCCGGUUUUAGGAGAAAACUUUGGACGUAUGAAGGUGUUUUCAGCUUCCGAUCUACCGGUGGCCUAUUGCGUCUGGAAUAGAUGCAUUAAGGGUAGGUUUUCUCAUCUCCAACAACUGCAGCACAUAUACCUAUAUAACUGCCCCAGGCUGGUUUUCGUUCUCCCCAUUUCCUUCACCUUGCCCAACUUGGAGACCCUCCAGAUGGCAUACUGCAACAGCCUUCGACAUGUUUUCCCAUUGAACGAUAAGUGCCCCAAGGAAAUAUCAUCUGGUGUCACAUUCGAGAACCUGAAGCACAUCAAGCUAUACCAUCUUCACAAUCUAGAGGAGAUAUGUGAGGCCAAAUUGACCGCACCGGUGUUGCAGACGAUCAGCCUCAGGGACUGCUGGGCUCUCAGGCGUCUUCCGGCAGUCGCACCCCAGGUUCCCAAACCAGUGGUGGACUGCGAGAAGGAUUGGUGGAACAAGCUCGAGUGGGAUGGCUUGGAUGUCGGGCAUGACCCGUCGCUGUUUGAAACACGCCACUCGGCCUACUACAAGAAGACCCUCCCAAGGGUCUCGUUUCUAAGGUGAUCUGUCGUGUGCGAGGGGGUUGGCUUACGUGAAGCAUCAGUAUAGGUUGCUGUUACAAGCCCUGAUGUCACAGCUCCUAGGUUGUCUUACGCGAAGCAUCAAUAUAGGUUGUUGUUACAAGGCCUGAUGUCACAACUCCGGGGUUGUUUCCAACUGCUGCUACUUGCACGGCAUGGGCGAACGGUGUGUUUUCACCAAGAUAAGUGAUCUUGGUAUGCUUUGAUUGAUUUGUUGUGCUGGCUUCUGCCUGUAGUGCUACAUCUUUCCGGCGCUUGGUGUGGUGUUCAUAAGUUAGCUGGGAUGUGUUGGUUUGAUCGAUUGUGUGUUUGUAAUAAGAGGGGGGCGUACAUAUUUCUGCGACCCGGUGUGGUGUGCAUUUA